AUGGAGCUGCGGAAUGAGCUGCUGAAGUCCAUUUGGUACGCGUUCACAGCGCUGGACGUGGAGAAAAGUGGAAAAGUGUCCAAAUCACAGCUGAAGGUCUUGUCUCAUAAUCUUUGUACAGUCUUGCACAUCCCACACGACCCAGUGGCACUUGAAGAGCAUUUCAGAGAUGACGAUGAUGGGCCUGUCUCCAGCCAGGGUUAUAUGCCAUAUCUCAAUAAGUACAUCCUAGAUAAGGUCGAAGAAGGUGCUUUUAUCAAAGAAACUUUUGAUGAACUCUGCUGGACUUUAACUGCUAAGAAGAACUACAAACACGAUAAAAAUGGAAACUGCAUUAUUUCUGACCGUGAUGCAUUCAGAUUAUGGUGUCUCUUCAACUUCCUCUCAGAGGACAAAUAUCCACUCGUGAUGGUUCCUGAUGAGGUGGAGUAUUUGCUGAAGAAAAUCUGCACAGAGAUGAAUGUGGAGUGGUGUGCAGGGGAACUGGAUGACUUCUUCACCCAAGAGCCUUUGCAGCAAAAUGGAAUCACAGUCUGGGUGUUUCUGGACCUGGUAAAUUCAGGAAGAUUUACCAGGGGGAUUGAAAAGGAGACUGUCACAAUGGCAGUGCAGGAAGUCUACCAAGAAAUUAUUGAGGAUGUGCUUAAACAGGGUUACUUAUGGAAGAAGGGCCAGCUGAGGCGCAACUGGACUGAGCGAUGGUUCAUCCUCAAGCCAAGUAUCCUCAGUUACUAUGUGAGUGAAGACCGGAAAGAAAAGAAAGGCAGUAUUGCUCUGGACAGGAACUGUUGUGUGGAGAUUUUAUCAGACCGAGAUGGGAAGAGAUGCAUGUUCUGCGUCAAGACACCAUCAAGAACUUAUGAGAUGAGUGCAUCAGACACAAAGCAGCGACAGGAGUGGACGACAGCCAUUCAGACAGCAAUCCGGUUACAGGCAGAGGGGAAGAAAUCUUUGCACAAGGAUUUAAAACAGAAAAGGCAUGAUCAGCGAGCACUUCGAGAGAAACAGAAAGCAGCAAAGGAGGAAGAACUUCAGAGACUCAAACAGCUGCAAGAGGAGAAGGAAAGAAAACUGCAGGAACUAGAACUACUUAAAGAGGCCCAGCGCCAGGCAGAAACACUGCUAAAGGAAGAAGAACAACGAAGAAAGCAGCAGCAUGAGGAGAUGCAGAGGGCUCUGGAAAUACAACUUCGACAAGCUGAACAGGCUCGAGCCAGUAUGGAAGCAGAGAUGGUAUUGAAAGAAGCAGAGGCAGAUCGCCAGAAAAAACGGAUUCGUGAACUGGAGGAUAUGCAGAAACUCCUUGAGGAAGCUCUUCAUGCUGAGGUAACUGCUCGGCAAGAGGAGGAAGCAAAGAGAUAUGCGCAGACCAGAUUGUUGUUUGAGGAGGAAGACAAAAUGAAAGCACUGAUGCAGCUAAAGGAAGAGCAAGAGGAGCUAAUUAGAAAAACGCAGAGAGAAAAACAGGAGUUAAGACAAGAAAUGGAAAACAAGUCCAAAAUUCUAGAGGAGGCACAAAAACAGCUGGAGGAAGUGCGGGUCAACAGACAGCGAGCAGACCAGGAUGUGGUGGCUGCACAAAAGAAAUUGCGACAAGCAAGUUCGCAUGUUAAGCACUGGAAUGUCCAGAUGAACAGGCUAAUGCGUCCAAUUGGACCAGGAGAUAAGCGGCCUACGCCUCCCAUGCUGCCUAUCUAUCGAGGAUCAACAGGGGGACAGCAGGAGGUACGAGUAAAGUUAUCGGGAAAGACUGAGGAGAAAGGUAACACAACUGCUGAUGAGUGUAGGAAAGAGAACCUCCAUCGAUCACUGUCAAACUGUCCUUCUAACGCAAACUCAGUUGAGGAAAUGGAGACCUCAGCUUUAAAUGGACAGGUGAAAAGGAAUUCGGUGGAAAUUAGAAAACCAAUGCAAAGGUCGUCCUCGGAAGAACCGGAACGUGCUCCAACAGAGGAACUCAUUAGGUAGUUUGGAUGUCAACAGAGGUGAUUCAAAACCGUUGACAUUCCAUUGCUUCGUAUUGGACAAUAACAUCAGGUCACAAAGAGUGGUCCAAUAAAGUCCAGACUCAUCAGCACAAAGAGUAGAAGUUAGAUGUCAACAAUGAAGUCAGCCAUUUUAUUGAGCCUUUUCCACAAGGAUGACUGAAGUUACUAAAGACAAAGCAAUCUGAAAUUGCCUGAAGCCAUCAGCCAUUGUUUGCAUACAGUAGAGAGCAAUACUUAAUGCAUCUUUAGAUCAAUAAUGGUGAAGGAGAACUUUAAAAUUGGAGUUUUAUCUCAUUUACAUUCUUUCACUGUAAUACAAUUUGUGGACAUUGAAUUUGUAAAGACUUAUUAAUUGGCAAACAACUCUGUUUAAAAAAAAUACAAACUAUUCACUUUGAAUGCUGUCAGCCUCCUCGCCGUCAACUGAACAAGUCACACAAUCAGCUUUACUUGUAGACAUUAGAAUUGAAAAGUUGGGAAAUUAUGUUAAACCAAUGUCCAACUUUGGUUACGCUACGCUUAGAAUUCUGUGCAUAGUUCUGGUCAUCAUAUUAUAAAAAAGGCACUAGCAGCAUUGAGUGGCUAUGUGGAUCCAGAAGAUAUGAACAGGCAGGGCAUUUUUCCUCCAGUAAACAGAAGGCUGAGGGGAGACUGGUCUUUUAAAUUAUGAAAGGUUUGAUUGAGUCAAUAUGUUUGUACUUGUGGGAAUGAGCAUAAUCAGAGGCCAUCAAUAUUAGUGAGUCACCAAGAAUUCCACUAGGAAAUUCCGAGAAAUACCUUUACAUAGUAUUGUCAAUGUGAAACUUGUUACCACAUGGGAGGAAAUAAUAUAGAUGCAUUUAAGGUGACAUUAAACAAACAUAUGAGGGAGGAUGGAACAGAGGGCUGUGAUGAUGACUAUUUCAAUUAAAAAAAGAUGGGGAUGAGAGGAGAAGGCUUGACUGGCACAUGAACACCACAUGGAUAGCCUACGUAGUGGGCUAUCUGGAAAUUUCUGAAAUUCAUCCUGAAAGGUCACAGUCUGCUUUUAAAAUAGAUGUCAAUGUUUUUCAAUUUAUUUUAUAAUAUUGAGGUACAUAUUAAUGCUAUUAAUUGUUUUGAUUCAUUUUCAUUAGCACCAAAGCAGUGUUCAGAACUUGAACUCUUCUACACUGCUACAAGAUGUUUGGUUUGAGAAGUCUCAAGCUGCACUUAUCCAAACUUGCCAGUGUGUGUCAGCCAAAGCCAGGAAAGCUCUUAAACAGUUCAGAUCCAUGGUAAACUAGUUUGGAGUUCUGUGUUCACUGACUGGCGUCUCUGUUAAAUGUGAAUGUGAAGAAUGUAUAUGUAUCAAAUACUUCUUCCAGAACAGCGUACAACUUCGGUGUGACUCAAAUUUUGUACAGGGCAUUCAAGUGUGAGGUGUAGGAUUUAAAGUGCUUCUGUGAUUCAUAAAUAAAGGCAGGCUUCAUUUUUGCUUAUGUGCUUUCAAAUGAGCAUGUCCUUUAUUUUGGGCUACAGUCAGAAGUAUUUCAAAUCAUCUCAACUUGCUUUCAUUUUUAUGCUUGAAAAUUUGUAAAAUGUGCGCAAUUUUUAAUAAAUAUUUAGAUAAAACGUUGAAGUUUUUUAAUAAGUCAAUGGCUGAUAUUAGCUAACUCCAGAAGUAUCUAUUUUUAAAAUUAUUUGAUACAACUGAGACUUGUUAGCACAAAUAAUGUCUAUUUGUAUAGUCUGUUUAUUGACAAUUGCAUUUUGCUAUACAAAAUAUGUAUAACCAAUUUGAUUGUUAUUAAAUAUUGUCUUAUUCCAUAGUUAUACUUCAUUUUGAUAUGCCUGCAAUCUCCAUCUAUUGAAUUCUAAUUAAACAAUUAAUUGACAUCAAAAUAAUGUCAUAGUUACAACUGUAGGCAACGUAAAUUAUGGAUGUUCAUUUUCAAACUCCUGAAUGAUACAGCAAUUCAGAUAAA